GAUUCAUAGACAUUUUGUCUAAUUAGUUCAAACUCAGUGUGAUCAUAAUAGGUGUAUAGUAUAUUAUUAUGAGAUUUCUUAGUAUUUGGUUUAGUUGUUACAAAUGUUACGAUUCACACAACACCUAUGUGUGUUAUGCCUGUUCUUGAGUUUAACACACUACAACUAUGAUUGUAAUGCAAAAAAUCACUCAGGAUCUAUAAAAAAUAGAUAUUUCCAUGAAUUAACUGAUGUUAAAUAUGUUGAAUCAUUGAAUUCAAUGAAGAAUUUAUUUGACAAUAACAUAUAUGCAAAUUUAAAAUUAUCUGACAGCAACACUUCUUGUGCAGAGGAUAUUAUUACCAUUCUAUUGGGUGUAUAUCAACGGGAACGUUGGGCGUUACAAUGGUUAGAUGCUACAACACAUCCUCCACCAGGAAUUGAAGGUGGUGCUAUGCAUUGGACAGGAAGUUAUGAUGGAUGCUUGAAAUGUUCAGGCGGAGGAGGAGGAGGAAAAAUGAAAUUUCAUGGAUCAUAUUGUACUAUGGUAUUCAAUGUGACCACUACCAUAAAAAUUAUUCCGGAGUUAAGAAUGUCAUUUGGAUUAUGCAUGCCUGACAGUUGUACUAGUGAAGAGGUUAGAAAUAUGAUCAAUAAAGUUGCAGUGUCUCAUCCUUCAAUCAAGAUGAAUACAAAAGAAAGUUUUUGUCAUCGAUAUGUGAGUGAAGUUCCAAAAGACACAUGGUAUUACGUAGCCGUAUCAAUAUGUUCAAUAAUAACUAUUCUUGUUGUAAUCGCCACAAGUAUCGAUAUGUUAUUAUACAUUAAAUGGUAUCGUAUACGACUAUCAAAUAGGCGUAUUACUGGAACAAAUCAUCAGUCUGAAAGAAGCUCAUUUGAAAAUAUGAAUCAUAUUGAAGAACAGACACGUCCUUUAUUAGAAUCAGACGAUAUUACAUUCACUGAUCAUGAAGGGGAAAUUGUAGAUCACACUGAAGAAAAACACUUUAAAACAUUCUACCAAUACAGAAAAAGUGUUUUAGAAAAGCAUAUUCUUGUAAAAAUCACCUGUGCCUAUUCACUGCCUGCUAAUACAAUGAAAUUAUGCUCACAAACAAUGGGACAUGAUCAGUCGAACAAAACAACUCCUAUCUCAUUAACAUUUCUUGAUGGUAUCCGAUUUGUUUCAAUGAUUUGGAUUAUUGGUGCGCAUAUACUGCUGCAUGGUUAUAAGUUAACGAAUAAUUUAUUAAUAUUAUCUGAUGAUUUUGAACGUAUCUGGUUGUUUGGAAUGUAUUUUAAUGGCCAUUUAGCUCCGGAUAUCUUCUUUUUCAUAUCAGGUUUAUUAAUGUGUUACAUAUGUAUGGGACGAUUAUCAAAUCUAAUUGGUGUGAAAAACCAUAUCAAAUUUUGGUUCAAGGCAAUUGUUCAUCGUUUUGUCAGACUUACUCCAGCUUACAUUGUUACUGUUAUCGUGUUUACUGGUCUAUUAAUUCAUAUGUACGAUGGACCAUUUUUUCCUCAAGAUAUAAAUUCACCAGAAAUAGCGAGUUGUCGACAAAAUUGGUAUCUUUUGUAUUUAAGUAAUAUAUUCAAUUAUCAAACUAGUUGUUUACAAUGGUCAUGGUAUAUUGCAAAUGAUUUACAAUAUACGAUAAUUUUGGCUCCAAUUUUCAUCAUUUUACUUAGGUGGAAACGAAUUACUGGAAUCAUAUUUGCUAUUGCAAUUAUUCUAAUGUCUAUAUUCAUUACUUAUUACACUGCAUACACUCUUUCACUUCAAAUUACCAAUGUAGAUAAAAAUGAGAUCUAUGUCAAACCGUAUACACGUUGUGGAGCAUAUAUGAUUGGCAUGUUAACUGGUUGGUUAUUAUAUGAAUAUCCCAGAUUUGCAGUGAGAAACACACCAAGAAAUCAACUUAUCUUUGGAUUGAUUGGUUAUCUAUUCUCUGCAUCACUUAUCAUUUUACCAAUAUUCGUUUCCUAUAGUGUAUUGAGUGGAUUAAUAACUGAGACAAGUCGUGGAUUAGCAGCUGGUUAUUUAGCAUUUCAUCGUCUAUCGUUUACUUUAGGCAUUGCCAUUUCAGUUUAUUUUUGCGCCAUAGGAUGGGGAAAGCCUAUUCACUACGUAUUCUCAAGGUCUGCAUUUCGUGUACCAGCUCGUCUUACUUAUUGUGCUUACUUAAUGCAUCCUAUUAUUGUGACUAUAUUCAUCAAUGGUACACAAACCCCAUUGAUCAUUGAUCAAUUAGAAGUUGUUCGUCUAACAGCUUCAACAACUGUAAUGAGUUAUAUCGUAGCGUAUAUUCUCUCAAUGACAAGUGAAUAUCCUAUAAAUACAUUAGAGAAAUAUCUAUUACAUUGAAGAUUUAUCAAUCAUUGUUUCAUGAAAAAAUUUAUUAAACAUGAUAUUUUGUCAUUUGUUCAUUGUCUCCAUUGGUUACACUACUAACAUUAUUUUGUCAUUCAUUUUUUUAUACAUGUACAACUUUCAUUAAAAAAAUUGAAAAGAAUAUUUUCAUUAAAAUCUCAAAUUUAAAAAAAUAAUUACAAAAGGA